CAGUGCUGAUGAAGCCUCGCUAUGACCGGUUCGGGUGCGGUUCGCUGACCAUGAACGGCGGUGCGACUCCCGUGGCCGAAGAGCCGGACGAUGCCACCACCUUUUGCGCGCUGUUGCCCAAGCUUCCGCCCUGGAAAUUCUCGGCGUCCUCCCCGGGUUUCCUGGGCGGCCGGAGUCCGGCCCCGAACACUGUACAGCCGCCACCAGGGCUGGCCACUGCCCUGGGAUCCUGCGAGUCCUUGUGCCCCGCUCCGUGCUCUCUGCAGCCGCCGUCAAGGUGCCGCCGAAGCGGCGACAGCAGCGUCCGACUCCAAGGGGUCAGCCUGGCCGGGGAGCAGAGCAAUCGCAGGGGAAGCUUCAUUAACAAGCCCCCGCAAGGCUGGCUGCACCCGGAGUCCAAAAUCCUCCAAGCCGGAGUUUUCUACCUGGUCCGAUAUAUGGGCUGUAUCGAAGUGUUAAAGUCAAUGAGGUCCCUUGACUUCAGCACCAGAACGCAGGUGACAAGGGAAGCCAUUAAUCGGCUGCAUGAAACAGUGCCGGGCAUGAAGGGGGCUUGGAAAAAGAAGCCUCCAAAUCACUCCCUCCAUUCAGUUCUCGGGAGGAGCAACCUAAGAUUUGCUGGCAUGAGCGUCACUCUCAACAUCUCCAUCGAAGGGUUAAACCUGGCUCUACCCACUACAAGGCAGAUCAUCGCAAACCAUAACAUGCAGUCCAUCUCCUUUGCUUCAGGUGGAGACAUGGAUACCGCAGAUUAUGUUGCUUAUGUAGCAAAGGAUCCUGUUAACCAGAGAGCCUGCCAUAUACUGGAGUGCUGCGAGGGUUUAGCACAGACUGUGAUCACUACAAUAGGACAGGCUAUUGAACUGAGGUUCAAGCAGUACUUGCACAGCCCCCCAAAACUGGUUGCUCCACAUGACAGGAUGACAGGCAGCGAGGAGUCUGCCUGGGGUGAAGAGGAGGAGACAGCAGACCACAAUUAUUAUAAUAGUAUUCCUGGGAAGCAGCCUCCCCUGGGAGGGGUUGUGGACAUGAGGGACAGCAGACAGUGGCACGUGCAAACCCAGGCGCUGUUCUGCACGAGCACCCAGCAGCUCAGCGGUUCGUUGCAGAAGGCAAACGGCCACAUAUCCCAGCAGAACAUGGACGAUCACAGUGAAGAAGCAAAACUCUUCGUGGCAGGAAUGUCGAGUGAUGGCUACCUUCGGCCAUAUGGGAAAGUCUCCUGUGAAGACCACAUGUAUGUUAAUACCCAGUCCCUUGAUGCCCAGCAGUGGUUGAAUGAAACGUUGGAGGACACAACCAACACUCCUGAGAAGGAUGUCUUUGACAUGAGGCCAUUUGAGGACGCCCUGAAGCUGCACGGCACCACCUCCUGCAGAGGCGGUGGCCAAGGAAAUGGAUGCCUGUGGCCAAAUCCUGGAUCUGCCAGGGAUACAGAGGAGGAGCAGCUAAAGCAGGAGCCCUGGUACCACGGGAAGAUCAAUCGGAAAGUGGCCGAGGCACUGCUGGUGCAGGAUGGGGACUUCUUGGUGAGGGACAGCCUGACCAACCCUGGACAGUAUGUCCUGACUGGGAUGCACAAUGGACAGGCAAAGCACUUACUGCUGGUGGACCCUGAAGGAGUGGUGCGGACGAAGGAUCUGCUGUUCGAAAGCAUCAGUCACCUGAUCAGCUACCACGUUGAGAGUGAAGUUCCUAUCCUUGCGGCUGAGAGUGAAGUCUGUCUGAAACAGGUCAUCAAGAGGACACACUCGAUGCCGAUGUGAAGCUCAAUACGAUCUGUGAAUUGUCACCCUGAAUUCGGCAGGACUGGGAAGUUUUGCUCGGGAACUUGGGUCUGCUGUGGAUAACUGAAGAGCAUGGUCGCUUGUUGAAUACGGUUGCGGGCAGGGACCCCCGCUCCACACGGCCUGCUUCCUUACCACCCUGACGCCCCAGCCACUUCACAGGGCACGUUGCUUCCUGCAAACGGAGAAUCGUUAAUCUGAGGUCAGGCAACAGGAGUCGACAGAACUUUAAACUGAUUGUCAUGUAGUACAGAACCACUCGCGAUCAAAUGGCAAAUGAAGAAGUCAUAGGGUAUGAGGGGCUUGUGUCCGAACUGUGCAAUUGCCCGUCUCUCAGUAUAUGUUGGCAUUCAUGGGAUAAAAGUUUUACUCUGCCCAGGAUUGUACAAUCUGUGUGUCUCUGUGCUUUGUGUAAAUAUCCAUGUAUCAAAUUAUUACAUUAAUCUAACCCCGCCCCCCCACAAACACAGCUGAGCAACGAAUGGGGAAGCAGGUCAGCUAGGUGGAGGGAGAAGGAAGCAGGGAUCCGCUGAGGAGCAGAGGUGUACGUGGAAGGUGAGGACCGGAAGCAGGUAGAGGGGGAAUGCUUGAUGUGGAAAUGCACUGGGUGAGGCUCUCCUCAAGGUGCUCACAGUGAUGAGGUGAAGGAGUCGGAUAGCAUCUGUAGGUUAUACCUGUGUUCUUGGAGAUAUAUGUGUGGUUUGGAAAGUGAGGGAGCCUGAUCCCAUUGGAAGAAAGGUGGGAGAAGUGGGAAUUCAGUCCAACUUCAAGCUGGUGGUGUCUGAUGGCACUGAAUCCCAUGAGAAGAUCAUCGAGAGGGCUUGGGUCUGCAACUCUGUGGUCAGCAGCUUGGCACCUCCUGUGAAUUUGAAGUGGUUUCGAAGACUUUCCCAUUUUCUCUCUCCCUGGUUCUGAGCCUGUGAAGCUAUAAACAUCUGAGGACGUUGAGUGGGAGUCACAAAGGUGGGCAAUGGGACUUGUAGUGGGAGUACUGGGGACCUUGCUGCUGGAUGAAGCACAUAAUUUUGUCUGAGUGGAGUGGAGUGCAUUGUUUGGUGUGAAUUUGAGGGUG